AUGGCCCCCUCCAACCUUCCCGCGAUCUUCAACCCCACCCAGCAGGACAUUGAGAUGCUCCUCGCUGCCCAGUGCCACCUCGGCGCGAAGAACCUGCAGGUGCACAUGGAGCCGUACCUGUGGAAGACCAGGGCCGACGGUGUCAACGUCCUGAACGUCAGCAAGACGUGGGAGAAGAUUGUCCUGGCCGCGCGCAUCAUCGCCGCCAUCGACAACCCGGCCGACAUCUGCGUCAUCUCUGCCCGUCCCUACGGCCAGCGUGCCGUCCUCAAGUUCGCCGCCCACACCGGCGCCGUCGCCAUUGCCGGUCGCUUCACCCCCGGUAACUUCACCAACUACAUCACCCGCUCGUUCAAGGAGCCGCGCCUGAUCAUCGUCACCGACCCGCGCACCGACGCCCAGGCCAUCAAGGAGGCCUCGUACGUCAACAUCCCCGUCAUUGCCCUCUGCGACGGUGACUCGCCCACCGAGUACGUCGACGUUGCCAUCCCCACCAACAACAAGGGUCGCCACGCCAUCGGUCUCGUCUGGUGGAUGCUCGCCCGUGAGGUCCUCCGCCUGCGCGGCACCCUCGCCUCGCGCGAGGCCGAGUGGGACGUCAUGACUGACUUGUACUUCUACCGCGACCCCGAGGCCGAGGAGAACAAGGACGCCUCUGGCGUCGAGGAGGCCAAGGUCCCCGGUGCCGACGAGGUUGGCCCCGCCGCCGUCGAGGCUGGCUUCACCUCCGAGUGGGAGGUCUCUGGCGCCUUGGCCGGUGCCUUCACCUCGCAGGCUGCCGCUCCCGGCGCCUCCUGGGACGCCGACGCCUCUGACUGGGCCGCUGCCUCUGGCGAGCAGGCCCAGCAGACUGGCAACGAGGGCUGGGGCGCCGAGGCUGCCCCCGCUACCACCACCCAGUGGUAG